GCGUGUGUGUCUCUCUUUCUCUCUCAAUCAACGACUGCUGCUACCAGAGCCAAGAGUUGCCGUGCCGCGCACCGGUGCCAAAACGCGCAGGAGGAGCCAGUGCCAAAGGGUCAUUUUAGCGCAGCAUGCAUUGUUGAGACGGAAGGACUGUAGGGAACCCUAAAGCAAACAGCUGCGAUUUGACCCCAGACACAACAAAUACAGAUUUCAAUUUAACAGAAAAAAAUCUGGAAGGAGGAUCCAUCAGCGCUGGAGUGCUGCUUUUACCUCAUCUGUCAUCACGAUCGCCGCAGAGGUGGGCAGUCCAGGGAUUUUUUUGGGUGUGCAAAAGCUGAAUGAUUUUUUUCCCCGUAAAGACGGGCCAUCGCUGGCUUAAAGCUUUCUGAUUCCCGCGCUUGCCUGAUCCAGGUGUUGCUUCCCUUUGUAAAAAAAAACAACAACAACAACAACAAAACAAACCAUUCAAAAAAACCUCCAAAGUGGUCAAGCGUCCCGUUUGGCUGCUGCACCUCCGCGCGUCAAAGUUCCAGAGAAAGACUGUUGCGAGUACAGAGGAGGGAUAGCCUACGACUGGAAGGGGAGAGCAGGUCACCAGACCGACACCACGGUCCAAGCCGACUCCAAGUGCCGUUCACCGGGCGAUGCCAGAGUAAAUGCCGGGGCAAUGUCCCGCCGCAAGCAGGUGAACCCGCAGCACUUAUCGUUGACGCACAGAGAGACCGUACAAGCAGAAGCCAAUCAUGAGCCUGGAACGGGUUCUCUAUCACCAGGGACGUCCACACCCAGCCCCCGGAGAUCGGGUGAGCACGACCUGUUGACCUGCGGUCAGUGCCAGGCCAACUUCCCUCUGGGAGACAUCCUGGUUUUCAUAGAGCACAAGCGCCGUCAAUGCCGGGGGCCCGGCAUCGGCCCGCAGUCCUUCUCCAAACCGGGAGAUGCCGGCGGAGUCAUGAGCAUCCCCUUCUCGCCGAGAGCCAGGUCUCUGGAUCUGGGGAGGGGUCCGGUGGAAGUGGGGAUCCAGGUGACGCCCGGAGGAGAGGAGGACGAGGAAAGGAGGCUGACUCCGGCGAAAGGGAUUUGCCCCAAGCAGGAACGAGGAGAUAAAGACGAACCAUCCAGCUACAUCUGUACUACCUGCAAGCAGACCUUCACCAGUGCCUGGUUCCUGCUUCAGCAUGCCCAGAACAUCCACGGCAUCCGCAUCUACCUUGACAACCAUCUAGCCAACUGUUCACUCACCCCUCGCAUGGCUCUGCCUCCCCCCCCAGGGGCCGACGCUUUGCCCCGCUCCCCUCUCCCAACUUUCCUCGGUGACACAAGCAACCCUUUCCACCUCCUUCGCAUGGCUGCGCCCUUGCUCAGGGACCACCACCCUCCUCCGGGGUACAUGGAAACCCGACUGCCUGCAACUCCACCUUUCGUGAGCCCCCCACCACCCCCCAGGGCACCAAUGGAUCGGCUGGGUCCAGAGGAAAUGGGGCUGCUGUCGCAGCAUCCCAGUGCCUUUGAGAGAGUGAUGAGAAUGACCCCCAUGGAGCCCCCUUCCAUGGAUUUCUCCCGUCGAUUGAGGGAGCUGGCAGGUAACACAACCAAUAACGGUGGGCCCACUCCUCCUCUCUCCCCAAACCGCGUGCCCCCCAUGCACCGGCUCUUGAGUCCUACACUUUUCCAACCCGGGGCCAAGCCUCCAGGUUUUCUCCCAUUUCCAAUGCAGCCGCCCACCCCCCAAAGCAGACGCAGCUCUUCCAGUCCUCCAGACCCACAUAGUCAGAACCAGGCCCAGGCCAAAGCCAAAUCCUGUGAGUUCUGUGGCAAGAUCUUCAAGUUCCAGAGCAACCUGAUUGUCCACAGGCGCAGCCACACGGGAGAGCGGCCAUACAAGUGUCACCUGUGCGAUCACGCCUGCUCCCAGGCCAGCAAGCUGAAGAGGCACAUGAAGACGCACAUGCACAACAAAUCUGGGACUAUUUCAGGCUCUCCUGAACAGGGAGGCAGAGGAGAAGGAGGAGAGGGGGAAGAAAAAAACAGGGACGGUGAACCUAGAGGGUUGGGCAUGGACAAUGAGGAGGACGAGGAAGAAGAGGAAGAAGAAGAGGAGGAGGAAGAGGAGGAAGAAGAAGAGCUAAGGAACGGAAGUCGGCCAGAUUCCAACUUAAGCGACGACUCCCAGGAAUUCGGGCAGAACAGGGAGAACGGCCCCAGACAGUCUCCUGAAGUGAAGGCGCUGGGCGGAGACAGAGUCAACGACAGCGGCGGUGUGGGCAUCCUCCACCCGUACAACCACCUGGACAAUCACCUGAGAAUUAACCCCAACAAGAGAAGCUUGGAGAGGCAGCCAAAUGGGGAUGGUGGAGAGAGGGAUGAGGCUGAAAGAGAGAAUGAGAGGGAGCCAGACAGGGAGGGGGAGAAGCAGGAAGAUCCCAGGCCCCAGAUGAACGGCAGGAUCAGUGUAUCUGAAGCAAAUUCCUUUCCCGGGCUGUUCCAGCGUCGGCCGACCCCAAUUACAAGCUCAAGUCCCUCCAACAACAAGAGGAUCAAGAUAGAGAAAGAACAGCUGGAGAUGCCCCCGACCUUACCGCUGAUCUCCCCAGAAAAUGUCUACUCUCAGCUGCUGGCUGGCUACGCAGCGUCGCGCCACUUCAUUAGAGAACCUUUCCUGGGAUUCACAGAUUCCCGGCAGUCGCCGUUCGCCACCUCUUCCGAACACUCGUCCUCUGAGACUGGAAGCCUGCGUUUCUCCACUCCACCCGGAGAGCUGAUCGAGGGCGGAAGUGUUUCGGGGCGCAGCGGGAGCAGCACCCCCCAUCUCCUGCGGGGACCCGGACCCGGUAGACCUCCCAGCUCCAAAGAGAGGAGGAACGACACCUGCGAGUACUGCGGCAAGGUGUUCAAGAACUGCAGCAACUUGACGGUCCACCGACGCAGCCACACAGGGGAGCGGCCGUACAAGUGCGAACUGUGCAGCUACGCCUGUGCGCAGAGCUCCAAGCUGACGCGCCACAUGAAGACCCACGGCCAGUACGGAAAGGAGGUGUACCGCUGCGACAUCUGCCACAUGCCCUUCAGUGUUUACAGCACGCUGGAGAAACACAUGAAGAAGUGGCACGGUGAACAUUUGAUGGCCAGUGAGGUCAAACUGGAGCAAGCGGACAGAGGUUAAGCCAGCAACCAUACAGCAAGCAGUAGACACGCGCACCAACAAAAACACACUCCUUACACUCACUCAGCAGCGGGGCUUGGCUGGAUUAUUUCUCUCUCCAUAAGAAAUCUGAUUAAUUGAUGUUCAUCUUCUUUUUUUAAACUGUCCAAGAAACUGCCACCUGAGAAUAUAAACAAAUAGAAACUUUAAUAAGAACUUGCCUUGGAGGCCCAACGUGGUCCUUCUUGGUAAGCUGCUGGAGGAUUUUUUUCAGUUAUGAAUCCAAGGAGCCUUUCUACUGUGCAAUAAUUUCUGUAUUUAUUGGAUUUUUGUAAUGAUAUUUGGCAUGUGCAGGUACAUCUUUGUGGGAUUUCAAAUGGAGUUAGUUUUAAAAUGUGCUAAAACACCUUUUUUUUUUUAUUCUAAAAACUGAGAAGAGGUCAUCCUUAAAGAAAAUGUUCCUUUUUUUUCUUCCUUUAAGGAAAUUUGUUAUCCUGUGAGAGUAAAUUAGUGUGAAACAGUGAGUUUUUAAAAGACAAAGUAACUGUUUUCUACAUUACCUGCAGCAGCGGAUUACAAUCCAUUCCCUCAUACAGGCCUAUAGCACUGAAUGUCAGCCUGACAAUAAAACGAUGUACUGGAUUUUAAAAAUCCAACGUUAUCUUAAAGACCUGAUAAGUUGCUAAUAAUUUAUUCAGGGAAUUUGUCCUUUUUAAGAAAAUAAAAUGGCAAUUUAUGAAAUAAUUUCAAAAUGCAGUUACUGUAUUGCCGUCCUUUCUUCGGCGAGGACAUAAAUAAAGGUUGCACUUAGUGGAUUUACCCUUAACUGAUGCUUGGUACAUUCCUGAUGUAGGACUAAACCACCAUAUUUAAUGUAUUGACUAAGUUGAGACUACUCGUGAUUAAUGUGAGAAGGAGAACAUUCCUGUUUAUGGUUUGUAAAUAUGUUCUUUUUUAUAUGUUUAAGUAGCCCUGACUGUACAUGAUAGACGGCCUAAAUGUAAACAAUCAGAGGACCAGCUGCUUGCAUCAUCCACAGUAUAUGCUACAUGUGACUACCAGACAUUAUUUCUUUAUCAGGCACAUUUGAUUACCUCCAAACCCAUCCCAUGUGUUCCUAACAAAAAAAAAGAAAAAAAAAGAAAAAAGAGCUACUUCAACACUUUCUGAAUCCUUGUGUCUAACUCUUUGGGGUCGAAUUUCUGCAUCUCCCAAAGAGCGAAAAACUGGUUUUAGCAGCGUCUUCUCAAAAGGAAAACCUAUUCAUUUGCCAAACGGCGACUAAGGUACAACUCCCAGUAGCAAAUUUAGAGACCGUAUGUGUCCUUUGGGGAUUUUAUUUUCCACACAUUGAAAUGAAAAUGGUGCAAAAAAAAAAAAAAAGGUCAUAUGAGUUAUGAUCAUUUUGAGCACAGCUGCACUAGGGGAUGGCCAGACGACCUUGAGUACGGGCUAUUCUUAUAGCAAACCCCCCCCGAAAGAUUGAAACUGAGAAAUGAAGAUGUGUGAGAAAGAAAAUGGAGGAAGGGAGAGCAGGACCUUGACCAGGGAGAAUAGUCAUUCAAAUGAAAUUGCAAGCAUAUGAAAUGUGUUUUUUUUUUCUACUCAAUUGCACAUCUACUGGCCACAUCUUAUAACAAACCAGUCGAUUGAGACAGAGUGAGCGUGAGAGGGAGGGAGACAGCGAAACCACAUGAAAGAACAACCCCAGCAAAUCUUUCAUUUUAGCACUGCAGUUGUCAGACAUGAAAAUCAUCAUUUCGAAGUUUGACCUGCCACUUUGGCCUAUUUUCAGGUUUUAUCUCUUCCACUUUGCUUUAAUGUAAAAAAAAAAAAAAAAAAAACUUGCCGUGCUUUAAAAGCAGAUUUUUUUUCUUCUUCUUUUUUUUCAUGAAACCCACCCCUCACUCCCUUAAGCUAUGGACUUCUUGUAAUGCAAAAAGCGAGACUCAGAGGAUGCUCACACAUGUGUGAGAGUCACAAUCAAGGUGCUGUUGUCAACACGGAGAGUCGUCAUUCCCAGGUCAGAGUAUCGUCACAAUGAGCCAUAAAGAAAAACCUCACAGAGACCCAAGUCACUCAUGGACAUUCAGUCUGACAAUAUGUUUACAUUGUUGAAGUAUGCCAUUAAUGAAAGACUCUGUGUUUAGUGUUUUAAAAUAAUGAUAAAAGUAUUGUUUUCUCCAAUAUUCUUGCAAUUUAUUUGACCGCCAUAGCAUUUUUCUUUUGUGUAUUAUCCUGGUGGAGGGGUUUUAUCUACAUGAGUAUGUUUCUGUUUGAUUGCUUGUUCACUGUAUGGAUGUUUUUUAUUUUAUUGUAAUUUUUGCCAAAUCAUGAAAGAUUUUUUUUAUUGUGUUUCUUUUUAUCUUAGCUGUUGAAAAUAACUUUUUUUUGUUUUGUUUUAAAGCUACCCAUCAUGGAUGUAAAAUAGAGUUGUUGGAAUGAGAAGAAGCAACCUUCAGCUGGAGAAUACAAUGGCCUUUUUUUUGUUUUGUUUUGCCAGAUACAUUUUAGGAGACAUUCAUGGCCAUUUUUGUUUUGAUGCUUUCUUUCCUCCUAUUUGGUUGAAGGUCUUGUGAUGGCACUUAGAACUGUAAUUUUAAAUACAUUUUCAUAUUUGGCGUUUCACAACUUUCACUAACACUCUUUGUACAUUUUUUUUUCCCUUUGGUUUUUCUUCCUUUUUUUUGGGCGGGGAGGGAGUGCAUCAUUGUGGGGGGGAAAAAGGUCAUUUCAAAACAGUACACAUCUGCUGUUUUGAACAUAUAUGUAUUUUUGUAAUGUGUUGAAAAAUCAAUACAAAAAAGCCAACACUUCAAUAAAUGUUGCAAUUGCUCUAUGAUG